UAGAAUUACCUAUUAAAUCGACUCGGCCACACUGUUCUGAAUCCUAUCCUGGUCCGAUCUCAUUCUAAUGCACCGGGACGCUCACCUGCUAAGGUGUCGGAUGUUCAUCUGUAUCUCAGCCCUAUAAAACAUUGAAACUAAUGUUUUUUGAAUAUAGGAUUAAUUUUCCGACAAACGUAAUCAGAUGUGUAUAGACCAGAUAUCGUCGUUGCAAACAAUAGGAAGCUUAGGUACAUUUGCAGUCAAUGAAACAUGAGAGGAGGAUAUAACAUUGGAUAAUAUUGUUGAAUUAGAUUUUAGUGAUAAAAAAGUGUUUCGACAGAUAAUCACGGAUUAGCAUAUUGGCAUUAGUCAUAUUACAAUGCUUCGUGAUUAACAUUUGUUGUAAAUGAAGGUACAUUCUUCGAACAAAGGAUUAGCUAUUUGCCAAGUAAUAUUUGGUUUGGGAAUUCUCUCUUUAUGAAUUGUGUUUUUGAUGAGAGAACUGCAUCAAACAAUGUCAGUUUUGACAGUCUGCAUUCCCAUGUUUUGACAGGGGUUUUAACAAACCCCAUAUCCUGUUGGCUUUGUGUGCUAAACGAAACAAUGCAUAGAAAUUGUUCUGUUUCUUAUUGCCAUUUAACAGAUAAAAUUGUUCGCACUUUUGUCUUUGACAGCUACUGCAAGACGGAAAAAAAUAUGUUGGACAGAUUUUGAAUUCCUCUUCACCCACGAGGAUUGUGCAUGUGAUUUGACAAAGCUAACUGGAUUAGAACCAAUUCAUGCCUUGGGGAUACUCUACAACCCAUCCGUCUCUUUCUCAAGCCAUUGCAAAUCAUCUGUCUAUAAAAUGAUAUUAGCAGAGUUCUGGUCUUUAACUACUGCGUUUUUGUCAACGUGAUUGGAUUAAAUUGUUUGAACGCACGUGAGCUUGACAUUAGCUUGUCGUCUAGUGAUUGCCGCUCAAUUCGUGUGUCGUCUGCUCGAUAGUUCUGAAUUCCUCCUUGGUGCACCUCCGUCUAUGAAUCCUGGUGGAGACAGCAAAUCUAUGAAAUCGCUUAGGAGACAGAGUAUACCUCUGCUGGCAGAGCGAACUUGCACCCGAAACGGAGAGAGAUUUCAUCGGGAUCUUGCUCUGCCAUCAACUCUAUGGAAGGGCAUGGGUACUCGCUGUCUUUCUUAUCCGCCUAUGCCCCCCAUUUCUGCAUUGGUUUUACUCAUCCUGAUUGGAAUUGGUGUCGAUUCGGCUGUUGGAUGUGACCUUGGUAUGUGUUGGACCAGGUAUCAGGAUGCCACUGCCGCCCUUAAUUCAGGGAUUCUCAUGGAUUUAAUUCCAAAUGGAGUCUCGGACAAUCCAAAGUGUAUUGUUAUUCGUACAUAUGUUAAAUGUAUAAAUAAACAAGGACAUAGAUUUGAAUGUAAGACAAGUCUGACUUUCCAGUCAGAAAAAAUAGGAAAUAAAAAAGCAUUAAAAGAAUUAAACUGUUCAAUUAAUGGAGAAGUGUACGAUCCAGCUGCCAACACUGUGCCACACUUUCCUCAAGUACCAGAUUCUGAAUUUAUGUGUUCGUAUGAAGGACAAAGAAACUACAAACACUGCGGGUUAUUCGGGGAUCCCCAUCUCAGGACUUUCAGUGAUGAAUUUCAAACGUGUAAAGUUGAGGGUGCAUGGUCACUCAUAAACAACAAGCACCUGACAGUGCAAGUUACCAAUGAUCCUGUUGUGACGAGCGGAGCUGCCACUGCUACGAGCAAGCUUACAGUUGUGAUAAAGAAAAAUGAAGAUUGUGCGGCUCACCGAUUUGUGACCUAUGCUGCACAAACAGACAAUCUACCGGGGUCGUUUGAUGAUGGUAGUACUACCUACGGCCCAGACAACAGUGUGAGAUUGUACGAAAUAGAACCUGGUAAACAUAUAAAAAUCUACCUUAGGUUUAUAGACACAACAAUUGUGGUUCGCCAAAUAGGUCGGUAUUUCACCUUCGCGAUCAAAAUGCCACAGGAAGUGAUAAAUAAAAGCAGGGAAGAGGAUGUGUUGGAAUUGUGUGUGCGUGGUUGUCCGCAACAAGAACGGAUUAAUUAUCAAAAGUAUUUAGCAGAAAAGAAAAACAAAAUUUUACCUCCUACCGGUGCAAGUAGUGAUAGCAUUGAAAUGCAGCGGUCAGAUGCCGUAAAUUUGUGUAAAAAAGCCAAAGUAGUGGAUUUUUAUUUCGAUUCGUGUGUGUUCGAUCUCAUGACAACGGGGGAUAAGGUCUUCACCGUGUCUGCAUAUCAGGCAUGGCAAGACCUCAUCGAGCUCACACCAGAAAUGAGGCAGACACAAACAAAUCGCACAGACCUCUCAAGGUAUGACAACAUGCACAGCAGUGCUGCCACCUUCAGGACUAACUACACAUCAUCGUUUAGGAUUUUAGUAUUAACAAUUCUGCUGUGUCUGUGGCACCAGUACCACCCAGUAUAACACAGGUGUGGCACAGGUCUCUCAUCCACCUGUGAAAUACCUCUACUUACUUACCUUACUUAGCAUUUGUGAAUUCUUCCGAACAUCGUAGCCUCAUCCAUAUGUCUGUGUCACAUGACUGUUGUCACGGAUGCCAAGCUGUUGUUAUCAGGUAUGACUAACUCAUCAUUAAGCUCAUCAUCACAUUCAUCAUAUUUACAUUCUCAUAAUCAAGUCCUCAUUUGCAUAUUGCUAAAGCCAAUCAGAGGAAAUAUCUUCUUAUUCCUCCAAGUCCAAACAAAUGGUAGGACUUUGUUUUGUUGACCCACCAAAAACCUGUUCAUCUGUCCCGCAUGUCCAAACAAUGUUUUAUCUUGUAUAUAUCUGUAUAUAGAAUACAUAUAUAUAAAUAUAUAUUGCAUACAAAGUGUAUGGAAAUGAGCGUGACGAGUGAAAGGGAGAUAAUUAAAGGAAAAUCAAGGAAUGAUAUGUUGAGAAUUAUUGAAUAAUUGACGCUGUGUAACGUUAACGGAAUAUGUGAUAAAUUCAAAAGGAGGCUAAACUGGGUGCUACGUGUUAACCGUGUGAAUGUGUUUGGUGCGUAAAUGUUUCUGUGGAAAGCCUAAUGGAAUAUGUUAUGUUAAUCAAGUAUAUUGGAAGCUAGGAACACAAGAAGAGCAUUUAAUUAAAUUUCAUAAAAAUACACAAAUUGAUUUCAGUUUUACUACGAUUCUGAAAAUGAAAAAGUUAUUUUUCGAGAGUCAUGAACAUUCAGUAAUUUAAUAUGAAAAACAAAGUUAAAACCCUAUUUGUAACGUGUAUAUGGUGGCAUAUUUUAAACUAAAAUUUAAUAUGGGAAAGAUUAUUUUGAUAUAUAUGUUGGGGGGUUUUAUGAAAAAAAUAAUCUUUAAGUUUUUGUUCAUGCACAUAAUUCAGUCCACACAUGGAUAUUUUGUAUAUUUGGCCAUAUAUUGUAUAUAAUGAUAUUUAUGAAAGUCAAAAAAAACUCUUUUUUAUAUGAUUGAAUAUCUGUUAUGAUUUUUUAACACCUAUGCAUUCCUUGCAAAUGGGAUUAAAAGAUAAUCACCCAAUGAACUUAUUAUCACAAGGAAAGACUGAACAUGUAAGUUGAAAGUGUAUCGUCAAAAGAGCAUAAAAGACCUCUCAGAUCAGAGACAUAGUCUCUGCUCCGAUGUACAUACAGUACUAUUUUUGGACCGAUUCCCUUAACCUGUAAAUACAGAUCAGAGUACGCAUCAGUAUGUUGAAACGAAGAUAAAAAAAAGUAUCAAGGGCAUCGUAACUUUCUCAGGAAAGUAUUCCUCAUUGUGUCUUCUCUUCCAAUAUAGUUGACCAAAAUUGUCUACUUUGGUGUGUCUGAGGAGAGGAUGGUAUUGCUAAGUGUGUGUAUCAAGUCUGCUGAGAGAUGGGGAGUGUGGAAGUUAAGAAUGUAAAUUCUAAUUAAGUGAAUUUUAUUGUGGUAUAAAUUGAAUGAACCUUUUUUUCUGAGUUGAAAUAAGACAACUCUUAACCAAAGCAAUGACCUCUGUUUGUACAGGGGUAGGGCAUUUUACUUCGGUGAGCCAUAAAAACUGUAAUGCAAGUCGGUGAAGGCAUGUACCAUGAAAAGGUUGAAAAGGCUGGAAACUCUGACCCUGGCCGUGCUCUCAUAAAACUUUUCUUAAAGGCAGCCAUUGUUAUAUCGGUACAAUGAUAAGGGGAAGAGGGCGGGUAUGGGCACACACACAGACAGAAAUCCACGCUUUGUCCCUCUCAUUGACAAACAUGGUCCUAUGGACAGUUUAAGUUCUCUAAAGUCUUGUUGACCACGGAAAGAUUUUCAAUUUAAAAAAAAAAUUGACACACAGAGUCUGGUUCAAGUGGGUAGGGGAAUGUUUCAUCUCCUUGGUCAGGUGUACGAGGUUUAAAAUAUUUCCUUUCACCUCUCCGCUGGCUUUUGUUGGUACGUUAUGAAAGGACUUGCCAAAAUCUUUUCUUCUCCUGCACUGACCUGGGUAGAAAAGGGAAAUGAGUCGUGUUAUUGAACCAGAAUUGGCCCGUUUAGUACCAGCCAGGGCAUUGUCAAGACUGGGGUGAUAGGCCAAAUAUAAUCCUGGAUGCUAAUUCCUGAAUGCUACAAGUGGGAACAGUUGGGAUUCUGUUGGGAUAGGUUACAAAUGUUAAGUACUGGAAAAUAUCAGUCUGCCAAUACCAUGUCUACUUAAAACAGUUCACUUGGCCCUUACACACUUUGUGUAGUUAAUUGCUAAGAUUCUAUAUCCAUCCGCAAAAAUGAAAUGUGUUUCCAUAGAUACGCCAAGGUUGUUGGGUGUAAAAGUGAAUGUUACCUUAAAUACGGUUUCAAAUAUUAUCGUUUCACUGCGUUCAUUCCAAGUCUCCACACUGUCAAGUUCAUUCUAUAAGGCCACAACUGCCAGUCAUUGAUGAUAUAAGGAGAAUGUAAUUAUAAAUUUUGAUAAGACCCUUCGGAAAGAUCCGUAUGGAUUUAAUCGAAUGUAUAAGAAAAAGUGGUAUAUAACUAGUAAAUGUAUAUGAGUGUUUAAAAACUGUUUGAAGUCAAGCAGUGCAAACAAUCUGUCGGUUUGUUGGUUUACACAAUGCACUCCUGUAAAUGUCCCUUUUCCCAAAUAUUAAUGCUGAAGUUAUUUUAUAGGUAUAGAAAGGUAUAGAACCCAUUUUUGAUUCAAAUUUUUUACUGUUUGAUUUUUUUUUUAAAAGCCCUGAAUAACAGUCCAUAAUUCAGACCUAGAUUUAUUAUAACUGCUUCAGAAAUAUAAUAUGUUUACGCUUUAGAGAGUCUUAAACCCUUUAUAAACCCGCUGGAGCAGUUACAGAGACAGCUCAAGCACCUCCGUUUUAUUGAGUCGGAGCGUUUUUACAUCACUGUACUAUAUCCUUGGGGUUGUGAAUGGCAAGACAAGGACACGUGUAUUUGUUCUGUAACUGUGGCCCCACAACCGGUGACAUAUCAGUGUUCCCCCACAUGUGUUGGCAGGACUAUACACCCUUGAGGAGCUACGUUUGCCCCUUCUUUCUCUAUACCAGCUUGGAGCCCCGACUCUCUCUCCUUCAGCCAGAUUUUUAUGGCUAUAUGGUUGAGAGCGUUCUCGGUCUUCCCUCUAUAUCUUGUGUGCUGUAGUGUUUAGGAGGCCUUAUCAUGAACUCAAUCUUCCUAGGUUUGAUGUGCACACCUGCACAAGUAGUUAGUGUGAGUUGAGUAUAUAUACAUACAUAUUUACGGGGGGCCAGUCAGGGGGAAAUUCUGUAACUGAUAUAAAAGGUAAUGUACAUUUUAUGGCCUUUUUGGCAGCUUCUAACCUUUUCAAAGGUUCCUUGGUUAAAAGAAGUGUUGGCAGUUGCACAACUUAUUCAGAAGCUGAAAAAAAUAGAGGAGAUAAAAAAAAUCAUCCAAAUAUCCAAGAGUAUGUUUUUACAUUUGAGGGUGUUUUGAUUUGGCAAAGUUCCACUGACAAAUUUUAAAGUUUUUGUGUUUUCUUUGAUGUUUUCAUGCUACACUUAAAUUUUGAUUUUUGUUGGGGUUUAUUUGUCACAAUACACACUAUUCAAACGUAAUGGGAUACAUAACAUUCGUAAUAUAUUCUCAUUGCCAAAUAUUAAGUUAUGCCCAAUAAACACAGUAAGAGGCAUUUCACAAAGAACAAAGAUGUGAACCAUCUCACCUCUGUGGUAAAGACAGGAUUUGAAAUGAAUCCUUUGUAGAAUUCAAGGUGAUUAUCACAGUGUUAACACCUUUACAUAGUUCCUCUGUCAUAUAAUCUGUAGUAGUAUAGAUUGAGACUAAUGGAUGUAUUCAGAAAUGCUUAUCUAUCAGAGAAAGGAAGGACAUCACAUAAAUAUUUCAUACUUUUAACAAUUCCAUGUGUUAAAGAAUACAUUUACCCCUUUAUUUGCCUCUUCCGUAAAUCAAUGUCUAUCUGAUCUAAAGAAUUUAAACCUAAUGUUUGUGAUUGAUAAAUGUGGCUUAAUUCUUCUUAAAGAAAAAAAAGUUUUAGGGACGAUAUAUUACAAACUAUAUUAUGUAAGGUUAAAGAUGUUAGGAACUAAGGUGUAAACUUUAACAAAUUUAGUUUGUGUAGUAGACCUGGGGUUUUCCCUAGGUGCCUCACUAUCCCCUUCUCCAUUGGCCCGGUUGUAAUUGAGCAGUAAAUCUCGGGAAUGGAGGACCUAUGUCAUACCAACGGAGAAGUAUCAUAUAAUUUAUUUUAUAGCCGUUUCUGAUCUCGAGCUUUUAAAAAGCACAAAGAAGAUUUGACCCAUCCCCUCCAAAUGUGAUGUUUAGACCUAGUGCUAGCUUGUACAACCCCUGGAUGGUCAGUCUCACAUUUCAGUACAAGAAUGCACUCCACAAAAAAACGGGCUUUAAAAUAUAUUUUUGUCGAGUGUAGUUUUUACUUUCAAGAUGAAUAUAAAAGAAAUCUCAUAUUUCAUAUAGUGUUCACAGGCAACGUGUUAACAACCGUCUUGAAAAUAUCCUUCAGUACUGCAAAAUUAAUGUUAAUGGAUUUAUUUUGUGUUUAGGAAACGGAAAAGAAAAAUAGUUAUGUAAAAUGGAGCAGGUACCAUUAAGUACAUCAAUCAUAUGUUUCAGACUCUCAUUGUUUGCUAGGGCAAUAGGGCAAACAAAAGUUUAGUAUCCGCAUUUAAUAGUUGACAACAAACCCGACCUCGGUGACAGUAUUAUAGCUUGAUGAACCCUGGCCAUCUAGACUUGGGAGAGAGAUUCAGUCAUAUUGGCUAGAACUAGGAAAAUAAACGUGUAAAGGUUCAAUCAUGUUUGCUUGAUCUCUGAAAAAUCAAUGCUAGAAAGUCCUGUUGGCUAAAUAGAAAACUGAGGGAAAUAAUCUGUGAAAACAUGACGUAUUCAUUUUUGUCAAAACAUGAUAUUGUCAAAAUUCAUAGACACAGAAAUUGAGGUUUUGAGAUUUUUUUUUACAUUUUGCGUCGUUAAAUCCGACUCGAUGUUUAUGAAUUUUAUCGUGUGCCUUUUCUCCGCCAUCAUCUUUUUUUUCUUCUCCGUGUAAUAACAGAAAUAGCUGGCGAGGGUAGUAUGGGUUUUGUCAAGUUGUGCACACUGUGAACCGAGAUAUGUUUAGCUGGUAUGUUGACGUUUAAUCUCCCUCCUGGAUUCGGUAUUUGGAAUGUCAGAGUGUGACUCCUACCUCGUGUUCACACUGUAGAUGCUUCAAACACAAAUAGUCAUCACAUCAUUCUUAGAGGUUGUCUAGGUUACGCUAAUAAACUUUGUAAAUUAUUUAACCAACGGCAUAGAAAGGGAACAGCUAUUUUCACUCGAUUAUUACGAACCACACUUCCAACAAUGUGGGUGCCAUAUUAUCACGUAAUGUACACAUUUUAUAGGAACAACAAAGAGAGAAAUGGCAGAUAGUUAAUAGGAAACAACUGUGAAGUCUUAAAGGCUUUGUGAAAUUGAAACUCUCAAAUAGAGAUAUAUAGCAAGUUUACAAAUUAAAUCCACAUGUACUAGUAUAUCAAAGCUGCAGCUGUAGUCUGGUACAUAUCAACGUUAUAACCGGUACUGGCCCGCUGUAUCAGACUCGUGUAGCAAGUCAGAAUCCCCUUUACAUCCAAUCGCUGUUAUUCAUAACCAAUCCGAUGUCCUGUUACAACCUUCCAUUGCCUUAAUUCAUAACCAAUCGCCUAAUCUGUUAUUGUUAAUUGCCCUCAUUAAGCAAUCAGAUCCUAUGUCACUCUCAAUUUUCUUUGAAACUAAAUGCUGUGGCCAAUGUCCCGUUAAGCAAUUGUGUUAUUGCUGAGUUAUAUAUGCUGGCAAGAGAAGUCUGACCUGAUGUACAAGUGUAGGCCGUGCUGCACUCUCUCGAAUUUACAUACUGUAUAUACAUUCUUCGUCUUAUACCUUUUCACGUCCCGCAUAAAUGUCGCCUAAAUUGUUUAGACAGUUGUGAAAUUUUAAAUAGAUGAAUUCAUGUAGGUUGGUAAUGUAUAUAUGCAUAUUUACAUAAAAAAUCGCUGCAUGUGUGCAGUUGGUUCUGAAGUUUGAUGCCUUCCACCCAGGUUGAUGUUAGCCACACAUGAUAUGGCCGACUGAGAGAAAUGAAUGUCCUGCAAAACAGCCAUUAGUGUCAGAUACAAUAUAGAGGUUCAGUCUAAAGGACAUGCCAACUGUUAUGAAUAUACGUUUGCGCCUUGGCUUUGAAGCCACCUGUGUUCUGAAUAGUGUGAUAUUGUGUCAUUAUAUGUACAUUUUUCUCCUGAGGUAAACGUAUCGCCGGGGACAUGAGUACAAAGACUAUCAUGCUCCUAGUUCUGGCACGCUAUUGAAUUGUACAAGUAUAACGUCCCAUACACAUCCAGCGUUAUGGUGGCUAGUGUUAGGUAUAAAUGAAAUUUAAUAUUUGAUCAUACCAGUUCAGUCAGCUGAAGAUCACCUUUAAUAUAUAAACCAUUUUAUACCUAUUCUCCCGUUUGUGGCAUGAUCCAGAUCAUCUGAGGUCACAGUGUAUCAAACGUUUCAUGCAUUCGUCUCCCUAUGGAAUUACCCGAAUCAAAGUAAGGAAGGGUCCAUUCCAAAGUGGUAGGGGGGACGACAUGGUUAAUCAAUGUUUUGCCUAUGUCAGUCGAUCGGUCUCGGUGUUGCGUGAUUGUCGUGGGGUUUGCUCUGUACGGUCUUACUCACUGAACACGAAUGCCGACUUCCGAGGUUUGGCCUGAAAUAUCACCGACCCUCAAUAAUCUCGGGUUACCCCCCGUACCUGACUAAAGAUAUUUUCUUAAAGCGCAUAUAGAUUAAAAGGUCGCUAUGAAAUGACCCUUGCAAUGAUUGCACAUAGGCAAUGGGGGCUAGGCAUGAAAAAUAGCCCGAGCUUCUACAUUCUGUAAUGGCCCACAUAGUGCAGUUCAGGCUUUCCCCUUUAAAUGUAUUGUUUGGCGCUUCAUGUUGUGGUCAUACUACGAUACCGAUCGUGGUAUGAUCAUUACUAGAAUGACACAGGUGAAUAUGGGUUCGAUUUAACCCAGAAAAAGAGGCAUUGUUCACGAUAUUGAAGGUUACUAGAGAGACGUGUUUGGCACAAUCUAUUUAUUUUAUUUCCUCCAGGAUUUCAUUUAAUGAUGAUGGAAUUUUAAGCUCGGAAGCUGUUCAUUUAAUGCAUCGGUGAUCUGGAUAGUUAUAGUGAAUAUUUUUUUUGUGACCUUUUCUCCAAACUUUUUUCUACGCAAAGAUUUGAAUUCGCGAAAGAAAAAGUAAUAGCUAUACUUCUCUUGAAGUUUUAAGUCCUAUAUUAAGAAGGCUCGAAUUAUUUCUACACAGUCAUUUACAUUUAGACAUUCCUCAAAUUAUCAUCAGCUUCUAAAGGUGUUCAAAAGAUUUAAGAAACUUUGCAUAUACUUAUAGACUAAAAGCAAACUAAGCUAAAACAGUUAUUACCAUGAAUGUUCUCUGUGUCAUUCAAGAACGAAGUUUUCUCGCCUCUGUGUCACACCUGGGGCUUGUAUAUUUUUUGUUUCUUAUUAGUACACACCUUUGAGAUGUAAACUAUACGACCAGUACUUAGUGGUAGACUAAUAGAUCCAUCUUGUUGUGUAGCCCCCUGAUUACCGGCCGCCGUACAGCAUUAGGGCAAUACAUAACACGCCUGGUGGCAAAGGUGGGACGUUUUCCAUCAUUGUCACUCAGGCGCUUGUCACUUGUGUCAUAAAGACCCCUUCUUCCUACACUGCCCGCUGGCAUCAUGUUUAGUCGGCUUAACGCCAUAAAAAUGUCUUAUAAAUGUUUGUAAAAAAAUAAUACCAGGGAUACGAAUUAUAUCCAUCUGCAAGAUUAAUUUUAACUGAUAUAAAAUGGUGUUUUUUAUACAUUCAUAGAAAUAUUUAUACCAAUUAAUAUAUGGAGAAGAAUUACGUUUGCACUAAGGGUAAGUUGUCGAAAUAUGUUAUCAGCUAGGGCACUCUCCUUCUGUGAUAGGGAUCGUAACAUGCAGAUCUCAAGAUAACGGAAUAUGACUGUGUGUAUGUACGUGUGAAAUUUUAUAAUAAUUGUAUGAAAUCAUUUAUCUUAGCCAUCUAGAUAUAUAACACAUAAAACGGAAGUGUCUACAUUAGGACAUUAUAAAAUAAGCUUUGGACGAAUUACUUUUAAUAUGAAAAAGGUGUUUUAUAAGAUAGCUGUGCGAAUUUAUUUAACUCUAAUUUAAAAUCUGUAAAACUAGAGCAACAAAGAAAAAAAGUGUAAUAGUAUGCUAAAUCUUUAUACUGCAUAACGUCUUUGAAAAUUAAUAAUACAUCACAAAACCUUGAAUGGUAUAAUUUUAUUCUGAAGCAAAAAUGAAUGAACACAAAUUAACUUCAAUGAUUGUUUUAUCUUAUAAAACGUUUUGAUUUUGCAACAUUCGCAUACCAUAGUGAUAUGUAUUACGGACCUAGCCUAUCAUUUCCCCUACAUUACCGUGUUCCUAUUGAAGAAAAGAUAAAACAUUUAUGUAUGAUUAGUAUAUUAAGUGCAUAGACGACUUCCGAAGAGAUAAGAUCAUACUCAUUCAUACUAUAACCACAGGGUCGGUACUUCAUUGUUAUAGCUGACGCUAGUGGAACUAUUCCAUGUAUAAAAACACGCAACACAAUAUAUGUUAAUUUCAUCUGAAAUCACAAAAAAACAUAACUUUAUUUACUUACUAUAUACACUCUCGAAGACAUUACUGUGGAGGGCUAUUAUAAAAUUCCUUACCUGUUUCACCGAAACCUAGCAUUUAUAAUUGACAGAAUUAAUAGAACAGUAUUGAAAGUAUUACACAUAAGUUAUCAACAUAAUUGCUGAACUUAUUAAGAUCUGUAUAAUUACUAUCUAAGCGAUGUGAUACUAUGACUUAUGCGUGUGUAGAUGUAUACGGUGUGAGGAGGGUCUCUCUCUUAUGGGCGAGAAGGACUUCCUAAAGUCAAAGGUGCGUAUUUGUUAGCCAUUUAUCAUUGUCAGAGCAAUAAUAUACGAAUAAGGUAGAUGUCCCGUUUCUCUGAUGAUAAUUAUGUGUAACAAAGCUACGUAUAUAUCUGGUGUGUUAAUUAGGAAUAUGUUACACAUCGCUACAGGUGCGUGGUAAGCGUGUACUCUUGAGAUCUCUAUAAUUGAUGAGUGAUACUAUGUAUGUAUUCGUGGAUUGACUUAAACACAGUUUCUGACAUUGAAUGAUGUCUCAUGGUACGUGCUUGUGUCGGACAUCUUGAAUACUACCAAAUCAAAGAUAUCCGAUUCUUUCUUUACUCUUAAAACUCUUAAAAGAUUUUUCAACGUAUUUUCGUAUUUUGAAACGUAUUGUUCCGUAAAUGUUUCCACUUUAGAUGCCAGGAAUAAUGUACGACAGGCGGGGUGACACAUAUAUUUAUGUUAGUGGUAUAUUCUCCAACACUUGGACUCCCUUAUUUAUCUGGCAGAUGACCCAAGCGGGAUCUGUGAUUAUACCGAGAUAGACUAUCACUUGAUAUUUCAGAGAUGAAAAUUCGAGAUACGAUUAUCUAAUUUGGGGACAUAUUUGGAAUUCAUAUGGAGAUAGCCAUAUUAAAUCAUAGCUACUCUUUAUCGAGGCAGCACGAGGGCGCAAGGCUGUCAAGUCGGAGAAAGGUUUAUGUGUGUGUAGCGUUUUAAUUUCUGAAGGGCCGAGUCAUUGAGGAUAAAUUUGUAUGCUAAUGAUGCCUGGUUCAAACGUACAUCGGUGUUCCGUUCUGUAUUUAAACAGUAUCAUCUCAAGAUUUAUUUGCCUAUUUUCAUCAUUUUGACCUGUUAACAUCUGAGAGUUUUAACAUUAGGAGUUAAAUGUCCUCGCUGUUCACCUUGGAACCUGGCUAUUUUGUUUGAAUGGGGAAGUCAGCAGCGUUACUAAAAUGUAUAUCACAUCUGUAAUCAUUGUUUAGUCCAUUUAGAGUUUUAAAAAAAGUAAAAGAUAUGCGACAGGUUUAAUUUUGUAGGAAAAUAGAUAUUUCAAAAUUAACCAGCCCUGUAAUAUAUCACCCAGCUGCAAACCACAUUUAAGAAUUCAAAAGUGUAUAAAAACAUUCCCAACUAGAACAAGGUCUUGCCAGAUUGUAAUUUUAGAUGAAGUAAGAACUAUUUAAUUCCAUCUCAGGGGAAUGUAAUUGUGGCAGGGUACGGAGUAGAUAAUAGCCGUAAAAAUUUAAGUGAAUUGUUGGAAUACAUUACUUCAAGACUGUAUGGGCGUGAAAUGUUUGAAUGUCUAAAAUCCUGGGCUUUUUUUUGCCCUACCUUCUCCGUUCUCAACACAUCCUAACGCUAUCAAGAGUAGCCCGUUUCGCUAUCGUGAAAGUACGAAAACUUAACAUAUGGUUCUGUUUUGGUGGUAAUUUUUAGUCACAUGUAUUACAUUCCGUUUCACCCUCAGAUAGGAUGUUGGAACUGGGGGAGUUACGAGGCACGUAAAAUCUACCAUACACCCAAGCCUGCCUACUCUCGAGGGAGGAUGAGGGUCACUUCCCUGCUAUCUCUACCAGUCCCUGGGAUGAGGGUCACUUCCCUGCUAUCUGUACCAGUCCCUGGGGUGAGGGGGUUGUACACGCGUAGAAAUGGGGGUAUGGGUUUUACACUUCCUCUACUUCUAUUCACCUGUUUUAGCUUAUGUUCGGGUUCCUUCACCAACGCUGAAUGGCUGUGUAAAACCACAACACUUACGUACUCUAGGAGACUACUGCACGUGCUCAGGCAUGCCAGCUCCUUCUGUCCCAACUAAUGUCAGCCAGUACUUUGGUUCUUCAAGGCAUUGCUGGGAUUGUGUUUUGAUUUCAUCCAUCCCUGUCCUGCUAGUGACCAGUACGCGUGGAUGUCUAAGAAUAGAAGAAAAAGACGUCUUCUUCAGGCAUUAUUAAUGAAGCUGAGCAGGCAGGUGUGUUGGGCGACUUUCUACUGUAAUUUAUCGGAUAGGGUCUGUUUCAUGUCUCAAGCGAUUACCAGGUCAGUUUAGUAUUUCACGAUUUUAGAGUAAGGGGUGCUUCGUGGGGCUGCAACGAGAUGUGAUGGAACACAUUAUCUGGCACUUUAUACUGUGUUUUACAUACAAUAGCCUGUUAAAGUGCAUAUGUUCUAAUACAUCAAGGCAUUACUUUUAUUAAGGGAGAAAAUUGUUUUUAUAGCACACAACCCUGCGUUCUCCCCGACGUAGUUACCGUAUUCUAUUAUACAAGGAUGUGAGCACGUUAAUUUCUCGCUUCGGGGUCUUUUAUUAGGACCGUGAGUAACGCGAAUUCUACCGAAAAUAGGCUAUGGUAAAGGAAACUAUUCUCGUGCUGAUGUUGAGAAGAACUAACGAAGUUAGCAGUGUUUUGACUGAUAAACCGUAGCGUUAGGCGGGGGAAACGAGUAGGUCAGAAUCCUCAUUCACAGGUGCAAGCACAGACCUCCUAUUUAUCAAAGCAGUUCUGACACUAGCGAUAGCCUCAAACUUCACAAGAGAAUUUGCAUUUGUUUAUGUUACAAGAGAUUGCAGCUGAUAAAACCGUACUGCGGGGGCUCACCACGGGGGUUUACCGUGGCUGUAUAUACCUGUGUUAUUGUGUUCUAAUCCGGGGAAUAAAGCGAGGAUCAAGUGUGGUACGAUACAGUGAUAUUUCUAUUGUCAAAACUAGUUACACUAUGUUAGUGACCGUUUAGGGGAGUAGUUAUUAAUCAAGGGAAGGCUGCUUUGAUAAAACCACGAAGAAGCCGACACAUAAGCUAUCGAAAACACUCGGGAAGGGUUUAAUCUUAUUGUCAAUUUCUGUGGAUACUCCUCAUUUUCAAAGAAUGAUAUUAACUUAUUAUAGUGAUUGUCUGCCUUUUCGAUGCCCUUACAUGCCUUCACCGAACUUGUGUAUUUUGUGAUGAUGCCAUGAAUGUUUGAUCUGUGUUAUAGCAAACAUGGAUAUUAAAAUAGAGAAAAAACUCCAUGAAAAAAAAUUAAAAUUAAAAAUUUUAA